AUGUUCAAGAAACAGAUCAGGAGAAACAAGGAGGUAUACAUUGAUGAUAUGCUCGUUAAGAGCAAAGAGGAAGAGGAUCACUUGGACGACCUUAAGGAGAUGUUCAACACAUUUAGACAGUACAGCAUGAAGCUGAACCCGUCCAAAUGUGCAUUCGGGGUUUUCUCAGGGAAAUUCCUCGGGUUUAUGAAAGGAGGCGGAGCAGGCAUUGUUAUUACUUCCCCUAAGAAAGACGUUCUUAAGUAUGGGGUUCAGCUCAAAUUCCCUAUAACUAAUAACGAAGUAGAGGACAAGGCCUUGCUAACAGGACUAAGAAUAGCUCAGGCACUUGGAGCUGAAAAUAUCGUGCUCAAGAGCGACUCACAGCUCGUCAUAGGGCAAGUUAGAGGAGAUUUCGAAGUAAAAGAGACAAGAAUGCAGAAAUACCUCAAAUUGACGAACCAACUGAUAAGUACCUUUCAUCGUGCAGAGUUCAUUCAGAUCCCACUGGAUUAG